AUGGCACAACUCUACUCCCUGACGUCCCAACGGGAUAUCAGUAGUCCGCCCAAAAAGCCGUCCUCGAGUCUGUUCCCCAGCGUGGUCGAGGCAUCCAAGGAUCUCUCAACCUCUCUCACCAACGCCGCAACGGUGGGAGAGCUGCCGACGUCCACGGUAAACGGACAAGGCGAGGCCACGCUGGGGGUAAAGAAGCGGGUGGUGAUUGUUGGAGCUGGCAUCUCCGGUCUACGUGCUGCAUCCGUCUUGCAGCGAAACGGCGUGGAAGUGAUUGUCAUCGAAGGUCGUGGCCGCAUCGGCGGCCGCAUCCACACCACGCACACUGAUCAGGGCGCCAGGGACAUGGGCGCUGCCUGGAUGCACGAGACCUCGCAAAACAACCUCGUGAAAUUAAUUCCUCGACUAGGUAUUGAAUAUUACUACGAUGAUGGCAUGGCCAUCUAUUAUACGGAGCAUGGACGUGCUGGUGCACAGUUCAAGGCCAAGAAGGUUGCGGAUGAGUUCGCUGAUUACUGUGAAUGGUUCUACGAUACGCAUCCUGACGAGCCGGACCGCGAUGUUGCGGGCUUCGUCGAUGAGUUUGUUCGAAAGCACCAGCUCAUCACCAAAGACGAACGUGCAUGGGCUCCUCAGGCGGUGAAAGAGGUAGAGCUUUGGAUCGGAACAAGCGUUGAACAGGCGUCUGCGAAACAUCUGAGCUACUUCAUCACUGAGCGCAAUCUCUACAUGAAGGGUGGGUAUGACUCGAUCGUCGAUUGGACAGCGAAAUCACUACAGAGCAACCCGGAUACUAUUCGUCUGGGUCACACGGUCGAGAACAUCGUCUGGAGCGAAGAUGGCUCGAUGACAAACGUUGUUGAAUGUCGCCUGAAAGAUUGUACGGCAGCCAACUUCACGGCGGAUGCAGUCAUCUGCACGAUUCCUCUUGGAGCACUACGUCACGAGCUUGUGUCCUUCAACCCUCCACUUCCCAAUGACAUUCAGACUGGACUGACGCGGUUCUCCUACGGAGCUCUCGGCAAGAUCUUCUUCGAGUUCACAGACGUCUUCUGGUCGAAAGACAACGAUCAGUUCAUCUACUAUCCAUCACCGCCAGAAUUGGAGGAUGGCGAAGAAGUCUACAGCUCGUCCGCUGGAUCGGGCAGCUCCACGACUCACGACAAUAUCCUCAACUAUGCGACUGUCACGAUCAAUCUAUGGAUCAUGACGGGCAGCAAAGAGCUGUGCGUGCAGAUCGCCGAGCCGCUCACCCAACGUAUCGAAGCCAUGACCAACAAAAAGGACCUCUACAAAUUCUUUGAACCCCUCUUCAAACUCUACCGCACCGAGCCCUACAAAGCCCUGCCCUCCCUCGUCAACAUUGAAAAAACCAACUGGACCCAAGACCCUCUUGCAGGCUUCGGCUCCUAUUCGGCCGAUAAGGUUGGCGACGAGCCGUCUCUGCUUCUUGAGGCGCUGGAUGCUCAUCGGGAUAGUCGACUGCAGUUCGCCGGCGAGCAUUGCACUGAGGUCGCUAAUGGGUGUGUGCACGGGGCGUUCGCCACUGGGGAGAAGGCGGCGAGGAAUUUGUUGCGGGCGUUUGGGAUGGAGAUGGAUGGGGGGGAUGAGGUGAGCCUCUUCUGA